AGAAAUCUAUUUCCACUUCCCUUCACGAAGCGCUUCAGGUGUUCAUCAUUGGGAGCCACCGCUCGGCUCAAUAGAAACCGGACUAAUGACAGGGUCAACAUUUGCAACGAGCCUCCGAUCUGUUGCGUUGCCCAGGAAUACCUCAAACGCGUGCUAACGAUAACGGCUUCAGGAGUCGCGUUGGAGGGCUUCGCUUCGGUCAAGGGAUCUGUUGAAAUAAUGUAUAUCAUUCCUGAUUCUGUUCUGUUUCUUUUGUGUUGCCUUUCUAUCUCAACUCAUUCUCAUCCAGCGACGCUCGCUUUGUGAUUCUUUAAAGCGUGUCAUUGCGUUUUCCUGAGUGUACUUUCAUCAUGCGGUCCAUCCUCUCGUUCCGCCUGGUUCCUAUAUUCGCUCUAUCGGCUCUCUCUGCUGCGCAGCAGUCCGUGCCACAAGAUUUGUCACAGAGCUUUCGGCAAAAUACUGUUCAACUACAAGUCAGCUAUACCGGUGAUGCUUCAAACGGGUUUGCAGAUGGCUCAAGGUUCACAGCGCAACAAUGCGCAAACACGCCAGCUUUUGGUCUCGGCGAUUCCUCCGGGAUAAGCACGACAGCAAAUUUCGUAAUCAUGAUGCUGGACACGACCUGCUCUCAGCGGGUCAUCCACUUCAUGCAGCCGAACUUCAAGUCAUCAGGGGACAGGCUCCAGCUCGCAUCCCAAGCCCAAUCGCUGGUCGACUACGUUGCGCCAGGCAGCCGAGGCGAAAAGGGUCAGCGACAGUACACCUUCCUCAUGUUCCUUCAACCAAGCUCCGCCCGAAUCAACUCGGUUCCCAAUGCUGGUGAUGUCGUGGACGUCGCGAGUCUACAGACGUCCAAUGGGCUUAGGCCGGCCAUCGCCGGUGUCGCGAUGCGGAUAGAUCUAGGGGGAGAUGCGGACUGUGGCAAUAAUAAUGGGGGAGGCCAGAACGGUGGAGGCCAGCAGCAACAACCAUCGCCACCCCAACUCACCACGGCGCAAGCAGCACCUCCUAACCAACCCGCUCCCCUUCCACCUCAGGUGCAGACCACACAGCAACCCCAACAACCACCUCCAGCGCAGACUACUCGACAAGUCCAACUGCCCCCAUCUCGCCCGACCACCCAGAUCGUCGCCCCUCCCCCCGCUGAUCUGAAUCUAAUCGAUAGCCCCGUCCCUUCCAGCACCCCGGCUGCGACCGCACCAAGAGCCUCCUCGUUGGUAUUCAUCACUAGCAUUGCCAGUGUGGUGUCCUUCACUGGCCCAAUCAAUCUUGGUCCGAUACCCACCGAGCUUCUUGCCGGAGUGAACACCCGCAGCGGUGGAUCGGCCGCGGCGCAGUCAGGAACUGGCAUCACUCCAGCGGCUGCUUCGAGCGGCGGGGUGGUUCCGUUUGCUGGGGCUACUAGACAGUUGGAGCGGAGCACCUGUUUGGUCCUUUUGGUGGCUGCGCUUUUGGGGGUCUUCCUAGGUUGGUAAUAUCUUGUCCUGAUGCUCGUUUGUUUUCUUUUGCAAAUCUAGGGAUUGUAUUGAUAGAUACCCGUAAUGUAUGUGGAUUGAAUUGUCCUAUAGUCAAUGCCGCCAUGCAAGCUAUCCAUAUGCUAUGAGGCUAU